AUGGGAAAGACUAGAGAUCUCUUCAAGAAAAUUAGAGAUACCAAGGGAACAUUUCAUGCAAAGAUGGGCUCGAUAAAGGACAGAAAUGGUAUCGACCUAACAGAAGCAGAAGAUAUUAAGAAGAGGUGGCAAGAAUACACAGAAGAACUGUACAAAAAAGAUCUUCACGACCCAGAUAAUCACGAUGGGGUGAUCACUCACCUAGAGCCACACAUCCUGGAAUGUGAAGUCAAGUGGGCCUUAGAAAGCAUCACUAUGAACAAAGCUAGUGGAGGUGAUGGAAUUCCAGUUGAGCUAUUUCAAAUCCUGAAAGAUGAUGUUGUGAAAGUGCUGCACUCAAUAUGCCAGCAAAUUUGGAAAACUCAGCAGUGGCCACAGGACUGGAAAAGGUCAGUUUUCAUUCCAAUCCCAAAGAAAGGCAAUCCCAAAGAAUGCCCAAACUACCACACAAUUGUGCUCAUCUCACACGCUAGUAAAGUAAUGCUCAAAAUUCUCCAAGCCAGGCUUCAGCAAUACGUGAACUGUGAACUUCCAGAUGUUCAAGCUGGUUUUAGAAAAAGCAGAGGAACCAGAGAUCAAAUUGCCAACAUCCACUGGAUCAUCAAAAAAGCAAGAGAGUUCCAGAAAACCAUCUAUUUCUGCUUUAUUGACUAUGCCAAAGUCUUUGACUGUGUGGAUCACAAU